AUGACAUCCAAAGAAUCCGCAAUUGGUUUGCAAUGCGAGUUCAAGACUUAUCACGCCUUCUUCAAGAAAGACGGUAAAGUCACAAUUGAGACCACCACCAAUCCAUUCGGUCGCUCCCCUUUCGGCAGUAACUCAGAGGAUGAAGACUUGUCCUACGCCCUUGUUAUCAAACGAGACUACACCAAAGAAGAUUCCCACCAGCCAAAGAGUGUAACACUCAAAGUCAAUUCGCCACACUUGCUCAAAGCCUUUCGCGAUGUCAUCGGUCAAAAUUACCCAACGGUGGCCUCCGAUUUCCACUCACCGUUCGAGCUUAAGAGUCCUUUUCAGAUGCUGGUGAAUUACUGGGAUGAACUCGAGGUGUACCGGAAAAAGGUAGAAAGUUCUGACAUGCGAGUUCACUUGGGCCUGCUUUUCGAUUUUAUGAAUCACGAGUUAGGGGCCGACCGUAAAACGAUUCUUGGUAUGCUACAGAAGAAACAGAUUACUUAUUUGACUGCAUGGAUUCUCUUUCGGCCGGGCACCCGUUUGUAUACCAAAGUACUCGACUUCCCUUGGGUCUUAGUAUGUCAAAAGACUGUAUAUGAGGAGAACACCAAGAUCGGUCCAUACCUUGAAGUUCACUGCACAUACACGGACUACAACGGCACCAGCGUCGGCGAAGCAUCGCACAUUGUCACAAUUGUACAAAAGCAACAGUUUGGAGGGGACAGUCCUGCAUUCAUCACCGACUUGCCAAUAUACCCCAGAGAAUAUGUUGACGACAACGAACUUGAGGGUUACCUAAUAGAACGCGGCAAAAAAUUCCUUUCGUACAGAAAGAUGUCUGUAGAGGCAUACGAUGGAAUCGCACAGUAUAUGAGAGAACCCCCGUACACAUACUUUCACUAUAGUAUGGAUAAGUUUCCGGACAUUUGGCUUCCGUACACAGAAUCGGGAAAGGUUGUCAUCGACCGGAAGACCUUCCAGAACGACUAUUAUAAAAGUGUCGCAGCUAUCAAGAAAGUCCCUGAUCCGAACCCGUUGACGUGCCCUCCAUAUGUCUUUGGCUUUUCUUUGAGCCGAAAACUUUGGUGUCGCUUCUUUGUUGAGAAUAUCGGCUCUGUACAAUGGAAAACGUAUGUAUGGGAUUCGUUGAUUUUAGAAGAAAGCCAGAAAUUGGUUAUUCGAGCUCUGAUCACUUCUCAUGCCUACCCCGACAAUCCGCGUAAUCAGCCCGAACAGAAGGGCAAAGGGCUUGUGAUUCUUCUUCAUGGAACCCCUGGCUCGGGCAAGACCUUGACCGCAGAGCUGGCAGCAGAGGGGAAGCAGACAGCACUCAUAUCUGCAUCCUUGGGAGAACUGAACAAAGAAAAGAAUGCCAUGAGAUUCGAGCAUGAACUCCAACGACUGAUGCAAUACGCCACUCAAUGGAAGGCCGUGCUCCUUCUGGACGAAGCGGACGUCUUCCUGGAGAAGCGGGAAGAGAACCCAGGAAACGCAGAGCGAAACGCUCUUGUAGCGGUAUUCCUCAAGCAAUUGGAGUAUUUCUCAGGAGUAGUCUUCCUCACCACAAACCGUUUACGGACAUUUGAUGCGGCCAUGAGCUCGCGUAUUCAUUUGGCACUUGGCUACAAGGCACCAGGAAUCGAGACUCGUCGAAAGCUGUGGAUACAAUGUCUCCAGAAGCUGCCAGCUAGUGACAUUGAGUUCGAGGAUCUUGAUGAUGCGGCAAUGGAAUUCGUCACCCAUCAUCUAAACGGAAGAGAGAUAUCCAACGCUGUGAAUACCGCCAGGACGAUAGCCAGAUUUGAGAACGAAAAACUACAGAUCAAGCACAUAGAGCAGGUUUUAGAUGUGAGAGCCAGUUUCAGGAAGGCGAUCAAAGCUGAAGGAAAAAAGAUGACUGCACAAGGCGGAGAAGGGGAUGGCCUCAAAAGGACCGGAUCAAUUUUGGAUGAACCGAACGAGUACAGCUCGUGA